ACGGCGGAAGUUUAGUGCUACAACUAUAGAUUGGUUCUGCAUUUGCGCCUGGCUUUGCCACCCGCACCUUCUUACGAAAUGGAUAAGAGCCUACUUGUGCCAGCUAUUGUGGGCUUCACCUUCUCCAACCAUGGGGAGAGUACACUUACCGCCGAAGUCUCUACAGCUAAGCUGCGAACACAGCGGUCCAUGCUGUCAGAGCUACUUGCCCACUCAACCGAGGGGGAGGACCCAAGCGGUUCUGACAGCGAGGAAAGCGACGAAGGCGAGGAUGCGACGUUUGAGGCCGGCGGGGAUGAGGGCGCUUCUGUCAUCAGGCAGAGCGCUUGUAUGUUUCAACGCUCUGAGCCAAUCACAAUUCCUUGCGGAGCGUCCUUGGCGAACGAGCGCGUGAAGGACGCUUACCGACGCCUGCUUUACCAGCGCCAGGUGCAACAGUUGUACUAUCAACAACAACAACAGCUGCAGUACCAAGCACAGCAGCAGGCACUUAUGCUCCAGCAACGCAGGCUUGCGCAGACGCAGCAACAGCAGGGACCUCAGGCCGUUUGCCAGCCUCCGCCGCAAGGCGCAAUGACAAGUCGUGCGCGAGGUGCAACUGGCGUCGUCCCUGUCUACUGAACUAAUCGGACCGCUUUACCUUUCUCAAGUCAUGAUUUGUCUAUCCCGGUAUGUUACUCAUGCCGUGCGACACAUACGGCAGCCGUUUGCCUAUGAUGUUGAUGUAUCAUCGCGAGCAUUCCGCGAGCGCCUGCGUGCUUUCGCAGUGACCAUACCUGCGCAUGAGCUUGGCGCGAACGAUUGGUUCGGGCUGGUGUGUGCAGGCCCCUUAGUGACGUUACUAUCUAUGAACCGCUCUCCUUGCCCGCCGCAUUGCUGAAUCUUCUUGUUGCGGAGUUGCGCCUCCAGACCAAAACUUAAGCAAGCAUUCAAUGUGAUAUCAGUGUGCAAUUGCGUUCCCUCAGUUGUUGCGAGGCGUUGCUGCCUUGUUGUUUGAGGAGUGCGUGGCAUGCAGAACCGACCUGUUCCUUUUGCAAAUGUAUAUCCUACGAACUGAGCGCGCCCUCAACGGUCGUCGCAGUGUGCCAUGGGCCACCUUAAUUGUGUAUGUGGUAGUGCUUUCCAUGCGUAUGCUGUAUGGGCCGACGUGAUGUGUCAGCGAGAAUUGGGGAGAAAACGUAGGAUCCAAGCAUGGGGGUAGUAUGAAGAGGCAGGGCGUUAGGCACAUACCUGUUGCCGCAAAGCAGCGUUGGCGGUUGUGUUGGGCACCGCGCUGAUUCAGGCUGUUCUGGACAGUGCGAUUGCUUGGCAUUACCUUAGCAGUUGACGUAUGUCAAUGGGAGUUAGUCCCGGACAACCGAGCUGGAGUUUAUGUGCCGCACUAGCCUUGUUGGUUUUCCACAGCUGAGAGAUGCCGGGAGCAUACCGGUACAGGGUCCAAGUUAUCUGAAAGGUAGAGGUCGAGUAGGGCUGCCCUAUGUUGUUGAUUGCGGCAAUUACGAUAGCUUACUGAUUACUGGAGGUGCCUUAGAUCUUUUGAGGUUACUGGCGGCGCCCUUUGUGCACUGGUCCUGUUAAGAUCAUUUGACUGUUUAGGGUCUGACUUUAGGUUACACUGUGAGAUGGUUAGGAAGCUGCCGGUACUUGACUCAUUAGCCAGUGCACGUAACGCAACGUGCAUUCCGGAGAGAGAUGUUACUUUUGUGUUUUACUUGGUACUCUUUAGGUUUAGCCUUCAUUGUGCUGUCAUGGUUGUCAAGGCUUGAAACGAGAAGGGCGCACGUGGGGGAGCAGGUUUAGUUGAAAUUUGCAAUGAGGUUUGUGUAGGUGCUGGUUCAGUGGUACGAAAAGGGCACCACUCUACUUACAUGGAUUGUCAGUAGAGGUAUGACGUCUCGCAGGUCACGUUCCUAGGAGUAGCCGGCAGGUAGUCACUGCUAGGUCGACAUGGUAAUGGGAACUGCUGUGGGCCGCAUGGAGCGCAACGCGUUCGGAUGGUUUCUUGCGUCGAUGAUUGUUGUGGGGGCUGUCAUGGAAGGCUCAUUACAAGUACCCGUGCGUGAAUGGCAGUUGUGGGAGGGAGGUAUAAGGAAGGCAUAUUAAGAGUAUCCGUGCGUAAAUGGUAGUUGUGGGAGGGAGAUGUUAUGGGAGUCUUGGAAAAAGUAUCCGUGCUUGGAUGGCAUCUGUGGGAGGGACAUGUUAUAGGAAAGCCUGGUGAAAACACCUGAAGACCUUACAAAGUACUCUUGACAGCAUGGCAUAAAAUGGUACAUGACUGCAAGGUAUGAUGGAGACUUCGGUUGUGACGACGUGGUUCUGACGUGAGGGCACUUGUACACGUUCGCUGCAUGGUGAUUGCGUGCAUGGUUUUAAAUGGUCGUGAUUUAGACAUAGCCUUGGAUGUUCCUAUGCCAAUUCAUACAAUGUAAGAUAGAUACCGAUAAUCACAUUGCAACGGACUACCACGGGCUUUGGUCGGGCCUGGGGCAUCCCGCUCACAACAGUCACGGUGAUAUUCAGAAUCAGUGCAUCCUCUCUCCUUACACCCGUUCUUUGUUCCCCUCGCUUACAUAAAACAAUUUGUUUGUGCCAGUCCUAUUUGCCAUCAU